AUGCUGGAGCACGAGGCCGGAGCUGACAUGAGACUGGUCCGCCAGAUCAGCGCGGGUAUGAAGAUCCAGGCCGCGGGAGAGAACGUGGGCUGCAGCAAAGUCGGGGGAAAUCAGGAGAAUCAGGUCAUAUGUGUGCAAUGUCAAGAGGAGGUGGUGCGGGUUUGUCCGGGAAGCCCGCACAGUCCUCACCGCGCCAUCGCGACGCGUCUCUCCUCCGUAUCCGCAGACCGUGAGCCCAGCAGUAGCAGCUACAAUGCCUCUUCUGGAACCUUCUACAGCUGUGUCAGUCAGAUCACCAUUGGGUUUGACCUUGGGGGUCAAGUGGCCAUUGGCUUCUCCCACUGGAAGAGUCCCUUCCCAGCGAGCGGACAGAAUCUCCCCAGUCCGGACUGCGUUCACUCCGAGGUUUCCGCCGUGCCACCUACCAGCGAGCAUCUGGAGCCGGUGUCCUGCCCGGCGUCACUGUCAAUCACCCCACUGCCCACCUGCAGCGCCAGUCAGGAGACACUCUGUGACAGCAGCACAAGUGUGAGUUUUUCUCUACAUGGGUCUGAGCCUCAUCAGAGGAGCCCCCACCACCACAGAGUCCCGCCACAGCCCUCCGCCUCAGGCUACCAGGCAGCCGACAGACUUCUGGCUUUCCUCUCCUGCGGGGAGGCAGAAACCAUGGAGGAGUCCUCGUCCAAAGCAGAGGACUCCAGCACUCAAGACAAUGUGCCUCCCCUCGCUGUGAAGGAUGUGCUGCUUGAAAGAAAAAGGCCAGAGGGCGUCAGCAACCCGUCCAGAGACGACGACUCCACCUUGCUGAACCGAGGAACCAACAGCAGCAUCCUCGAUGACAACACCAAAUCGGAUGCUGGCAUCCCAGAGGGGAGGAGCAAGACCAGAGGCCUGUGCUUCAGCGAUGGAAAUAGUCGCAUUGACUACAUCCUGGUUUACAGGAAGUCCAGCUCGCAGUCAGAGAAGAGGGAGAUAUUUGAGCGGAACAUCUGUGCGGAUGGCUUACAGAUGGAAAAAGAGGCCUCCUUGACAAACAGCGACGUGAUUUUUCUGAAGCUCCAUGCGCCGUGGGACGUCCUCUGUCGCUACGCAGAGCUCAUGAACAUCCGCAUGCCCUUUAGGAGGAAAAUCUGUUACACGCAACGACGGCACAAGUUUGUGAGCAGGAUGGAGAAGCGCAUCAACAACUUCCGCGGCUGGCUGCCCCGCAAGCUAAUGAAGUUUGACAACGACGCUCUACCCGACCUGGAGGAGAACGAGAGCUUUACAGCCCCCUUCAGUCGAUCAAGGAUACACCAUUUCAUCAUCCACAACAAAGACACUUUUUUCAACAACGCCACCAGAAGUCGCAUCGUCCACCACAUCCUCCAGCGGGUCAAAUAUGAGGAGGGUAAAAAUAAGAUGGGGCUGAAUCGUCUUUUGAGCAAUAGUUCGUACGAGGCGGCUUUUCCUCUUCACGAGGGUAGCUACCACAGCAAAAACUCCAUCAGAACACACGGAGCAGAGAACCACCGGCACCUGCUGUACGAAUGUUGGGCCUGGUGGGGAGUUUGGUACAAGUACCAGCCGCUGGACCUCAUUAGGAGGUAUUUUGGGGAGAAGAUCGGCCUGUACUUCGCCUGGCUCGGCUGGUACACGGGGAUGCUGUUCCCUGCCGCUCUGGUGGGGCUCUUGGUAUUCCUGUAUGGCCUCUUCACUCUGGAGCACUGCCAGGUCAGUAAAGAAAUCUGCCAGGCUACUGACAUCAUCAUGUGCCCCAUCUGUGACCAGUACUGCCCUCACCUGAGACUGUCAGACAGCUGCAUCUACGCCAAGGUCACCCAUCUCUUUGACAAUGGAGCAACUGUUUUCUUCGCUGUAUUUAUGGCUGUUUGGGCCACGGUCUUCUUGGAGUUCUGGAAAAGGCGCAGAGCUGUCCUCGCAUACGACUGGGACCUCAUUGACUGGGAGGAGGAGGAGGACGAGUUACGCCCCCAGUUUGAGGCCAAAUACUCCAAAAAGGAGAGAAUGAACCCCAUAUCUGGAAAGCCUGAACCUCACCAGGCCUUCAGCGACAAAUACAGUCGCCUCAUCGUCUCAGCAUCCGGGAUCUUCUUCAUGAUUCUGGUGGUGAUUGCCGCGGUGUUCGGCAUCGUCAUAUACCGCGUCAUCACCGUCAGCACCUUCGCCGCUUUCGACUGGGCCCUCAUCAGGAACAACUCUCAGGUGGCGACCACGGGAACGGCAGUGUGCAUCAACUUCUGCAUGAUCAUGCUUCUCAACGUGCUCUAUGAAAAGGUUGCUCUUCUCCUCACUAAUUUAGAACAGCCAAGGACAGAGUCAGAGUGGGAGAACAGCUUCACCCUCAAGAUGUUCCUCUUUCAGUUUGUUAACCUCAACAGUUCCACUUUCUACAUUGCCUUCUUCUUAGGAAGAUUUACAGGCCGGCCUGGUGCUUAUCUACGCCUCAUCAAUCGCUGGAAACUGGAAGAAUGCCAUCCCAGUGGCUGUCUCAUUGACCUCUGUAUGCAAAUGGGGAUCAUCAUGGUGCUAAAACAGACCUGGAACAAUUUCAUGGAGCUUGGCUACCCGCUGAUCCAGAACUGGUGGACACGGCGGAGGCUGCGGAGAGAGCACGGACAGAAAGCCAAGGCCAGCUUCCCGCAGUGGGAGAGGGAUUACAACCUGCAGCCAAUGAAUGCCUACGGACUCUUUGACGAAUACUUAGAAAUGAUCCUGCAGUUUGGCUUCACCACCAUCUUUGUGGCAGCCUUCCCUCUGGCCCCUCUCCUCGCGCUGCUAAACAAUGUCAUCGAGAUUCGCUUAGACGCCUACAAGUUCGUCACACAGUGGCGUCGACCUCUGCCCUCACAAGCCAAAGACAUAGGGAUCUGGUACGGCAUUCUGGAGGGCAUCGGCAUCUUGUCUGUCAUCACCAACGCCUUUGUCAUCGCUGUCACCUCAGACUUUAUUCCUCGCAUUGUUUACGCCUACAAGUAUGGACCUUGUGCUGGUCAGGGCCGAGCGGGGCAGGGGUGUAUGAUUGGUUACGUAAACGCCAGUCUCUCCGUGUUUCGGGUGUCUGACUUUGAGGCGAGAUCACAGUCGUUGUCUAAUGGCUCCGAGCUGUUUGGACAAGCUGUAAAGUAUUGUAGGUACCGGGACUACAGGGAGCCUCCAGACUCCGCUGAGCCCUAUUCGUACACGCUACAGUUCUGGCACGUCCUGGCAGCUCGGCUAGCAUUCAUCAUAGUGUUUGAGCAUAUGGUGUUUGCCAUCAAGAGCCUGAUCGCGUAUCUGAUCCCCGACCUCCCCAAGGACCUGCGGGAUAGAAUGCGCAGAGAGAAAUACUUGAUCCAGGAGAUGAUGUAUGAGGCCGAGCUGGAGAGACUGCAGAGGGAGAGAAACGAGAAGAAGAAGAAAGACAGGGCCCAUCACAAGGAAUGGCCCUGAAAUGCACCAAAUGGUUAUCUUCUGGUGUUGGGCUGUGAGAAAAGUGAGGAGCACUUGGUUUCCUGCAUGAUACUGGACCCUCGUACCUUCCUUCUACUGUGUCAGACUAGCAUCUCCUAUUCGACAGUUGAUGAACUGCAUCCAGCAGGGCCACCUAGUGACCACAGGGGGCCAGAGCGUGUCUGCUUUAUUGCGGAUGUCCCCUUGAACACUGUUGCAGUAGGUUUUGCUCCUUUUUUUUCUUUUUCUCCAGCUAAUUUCUACCACUUUGGACUCUCAAUAGCGUACGUCUUCAGACCCUGAAUGUAGAUUUCAAGCAAGACUACACUUUUACAGAUGUCUCGUUUUGGGCGAGAGAAAUUACUCUACUGGGCUUCCUGAAUAACAAACAGUGUGCACAUGUCUCCUUGUUUGAGGAGUUCACGUGCUGGUUUAUUGUAAAUAAUUAUAUUUAAAUGAAUGUAAGGCCAUCUGCUGCGCUAUAGUGUGAUGCAAUACAACAGUAGAGAAUGCAGGUGGGAUUGCUGGCAGCGGAAAAUUCGACUGAUGGACAGUCGGGAGCUGAACUGCAUCGCUUUGUUUAGCCUAUAGCAGAGAACUGAACAGCAUCGCUUGAUAAAUGGCAGCUAAACUGCACUGCUGGCGUAAAUUCAUAUGAAGAAGCAGCUAAAAGAGUCAGUCGGAAUAUAAGAAAAUGUGGAAAACAUUUUGUGAUCAAUGAAGUGUAUCUUUUUUAAGAAGUGUAAACCAUCAGUUGAGGUCGAAACCCUAUAAGCACUAGCAGGAAAAAGUUAUCGACAUUUUUAUUUGCAAUGUUUUUUUAGCGCUCAGGAAGCCUUUUAAGGUCUUUUGUUUUGAAAAUCUCUCUGAUCCCUUCAUCCGUUUUCAUUUUUUAUUUAGAAAGUCCUGCAUACUGCAGAGCCUUCUGGAGAAACUUCCCCUCCCCCUGUAUGUGGACACAAAACGAUGAAGCGGUUCACACUAAAGUUAUUUGGGUCCUCGUGACGACUUUGUCGUAGAGGAACCUAUUGUUUUUCGAGGAAUUCUUCUUCUUCUCUAGCAAUGAUUUUGGGGGGCUUUAUCAUAUCCCAAAAAUUGUUACAUUUAACAUACAUAUCAGGACUAUCAAAUUUAUAUUUUAGAGAUCUCACAUUUGGGUACAAAAAUAAUUUCUCUAUAGCGCCCCCUAGACUGUAUUUUUGUUCAAAAGGCCACGCUUUUUGCACCCAAUGACCGAUUGUCUUGAAAUGUGGCAUAUAUGUCCGCUUGGACCUGCUUUACACAAAAUAUCAUUAUGGCUAUAAGCUUUGCCUACUUAGAUUUUCUGCCAUUUAGAAUUUUGUAAAAAACACAUUAUUUUCAUCUCCUCCUAAAUGCUGGGACCGAUUCGUACGAAAAUAUCUGUGUUAAUCAUUGGUUCAAUCUCAUCAGAAAUCUUUAAAAAAUUGUUGCUAUCUCAAUGGGUUCAAAUGAUAUGGACCAAUGAACUUCUAAGGGGUGUGGCCUAAUAUAACUUCCAAAUCCCUAGGCCUAUCCGCACCAAACAUAUAGCCUAUGUCCACAUGGGAUCCCUAAACAUAAUCUGUGCCAUAUUUCUCAUAUAUCAUAUGAUAUGAUAUGAUAUUCCUUUAUUCGUCCCACAGUGGGGAAAUUUCAAAAAUCAUCAUAUCAUGACAUACUGACCAUGAAGACAUCCACAUGAUAAUUUUGAACUCUAGUCAUAGUGCCACCUGGUGGCAACAGGAAGUUACAUGUUUUCUACUGUUAUACCCUUCUCCACACAGAUUAUUCAGAUCCCUCUCAAAUUAUACCAGAAUAGACAUAAGACCUUGAUAAUGCUUCCCUGUGAAGAUCGUAAUGACACGUUGGAAGUGCUGCAAGUCGGACCAUCGGCGAAGUUUAAUCCUUUGCCGUGAACAAAUAAACAAUUCGCUAUGAACAAAUAAACAAUGUAACAUGCUCGAAACGUAUUUAAACUUAGCACACACAUUUAAAGUCAAAGAAGUAGUUCCAUGAUAUGAUUUGAAUGCUUUGAAAUGGCAAUAUGACUCGAUAGCGUCCCCUAGAAUGAUUUUUUGUUCAAACAGCCACGGUUUUUGCACCCAAUGACCGAUUUAAAUUGUGCAUGCAUGUCCGCUUGGACCUGCUUUAUAAAAACUAAAAUUAUGACUGUAAACUCCGGCUACUUAGAUUUAGAAUUAGAUUUUGAAAAUGCAAGUUGAUGUAACUCGGCCAUACAUUAUCUAAUCUCCACCAUAUGUCAUUAUAUACUGAACCUGAAGACAUCCGUAUGCUAUUUUUGAAUUCUGAAUUGCUUCUUCUUCGAAUCUGCCCCAAACUUGUCACGUCCUGAGGAUAUCGAUAAGCCUAUUUUCACUCAGUCAAAGCGCCACAUACUGGCCAAGGAAAAUCAGCAUCAUGUGAUGAACGGUAAAAUGCCCGACCGGCGGGCCUGCGUUCUCGGCGAGGGAGCCGGGGUCCAGCUAGUACCCCCAACAUGCAGCUUUAAUUGUCUUUUAUUGAUCUUUAAUUAUCUUUUAUUUAAGUCUUAUAGUAGAAGUCACAUGGUCAAAUCUAAUGUCACGUCAGCUACAGAAUCCACCGGGGAGCCGCCACAGAGGUCAGAGCAGCGGUCUAAUUGGCAAAUCUCAAUCAGCGGUGAGUCCCACACCUGCAAUUAAAGGUUGCCAUGGGGAUGUGUGUAUCAUGAGGGGGUUAAACUUAAAGCCAGUUUUAAAAAAGUGUUCCCUUUUCCGCUUUGUUCCUGAAAUGUCUAAUCUCAGUUUGCUGGCGCUCCUGUUACGUUGUUUGAGUGGAACAAUACAUUGUUUAAAACCAGGACCGAAUUUACUUCUUUUUCUUCUUUUUUUAAGUGCACCCGGUGGGGGUUAGAAGUUAUUAUUCCGAUAAUGUCUUAAAUGAGCUGAACAUUUUUGAAUGAAGCUGAGGAUGGAUGUAUGUGAAGUGAAUAUGUAUGAAGUAUGAAGAACAUAGAUUGGAUUGCAGCUGUUGCCCAGCAAUCUCACCGACAAAGACAAACUGACUGAGAAGAACAUGAGGAUUGCUCACUUCAGCAUUCCCAACAAUAAAAUAUAUUUUACUGUCUACAGUUGGCUUAAAUGGGAAAUGCUUUCCGUUUAGAUUCAUAAACGCAGUAAUAAACAAUAUUUAUUGUAAGGAAA